GGUUUUGACAAUGCAAAACGAUUCCUCCCAGCGAUGGUCAAUGGGAUUAUUUCCAUUCAAUUGAUACCACCUCUCUCUCUCUCUCUCUCUCUCUCUCUCUCUCUCUUGCUGUUUGUGGCAACCGACACUCAUCUAUGGGAAAACAAAAGCCUCAUUGGUUAAGAAGUAAACUGUUGGUGGUGUCGGUUGUUCCUUAUUCGUCAUUGGAUCACUACGUACAUGACCUCUACAUUGAUGAUGGGCUUAAAAAUGUGGAUUUGUUGGAGUUCGAUGAGGAUGUUCACACUUUGAAGAUGAUGUUUGGUUUGAUGCUGACUGGUCAGAUCAAUAAAGACGUGAAAAGGUUUGGUAAGAGAUGUAAGCUUGCUUUACCUAACUUCUUAAGCUCAACACUUGUUCCAGUUGAAGCUCUGCAUUUAUCACUACAUAAAAUCACAAGAUCUUGUAAGCAGACCAACACCAUGCAUGAAAAACCACUCUGAUGGACGGUGGUGGUGAGCUUUAAGUACGGUCUAUAAAUAGCAAUGUACUUUCAUUAAGUUAUACAUUAUAGCAUCUUAAUAUCAAUUGUUAAUGUAAAGCUCUUUCUUUUUCAAAUUUUUUCUCAUUAACACAUUACAUUUUUCUUAAUUAAGUUUCAUAUGGUAGUUUUUUUUGAAGAUUAUAGCACUCUACUUCGUUUUUUAUUGUCUUCAAGAUGGUCAGAUUACCCUUCAUGGAACGUCCUUAGGACGACA